AUGAGCACAGACCAGCGCAGUUCAACCCUGAAAGAGGGAUUUUUGGUGAAACGAGGUCACGUUAUUCACAAUUGGAAGAUUCGCUGGUUUGUUCUACGACCGGACAAACUUCUUUAUUACAGAUAUGAAAAUGGCAAACGGGACUCCUGUCAUCGAGGAACAAUACCUAUAACUAACUGUGUUAUCACCUGCCCUUAUUUGGAGUACGAGAACAAACCGCUGGUCCUGAAGUUGGAGACCAACACUUCAGAAGAGUACUUCCUGGAAGCAUGUUCCAGAGAGGAGCGAGAUGAAUGGGCUGCAGCCAUUGGUGCCGCAGUCGAGAAGCUCCGGUCAGGUGAUGCCAAGAACUCUCCCUCACCUGAACCCAAAACUCCAAGUCCUUUACAACUUCACAAUGUCAAUCUCACUCAGGUGGUGGACGCUAUGUAUGACGUUCACAGUGGUAUCAGACUGACCAACCACAUUGAGCAAGGCAAUGGUUACAGCAACUGUUUCUCAGGCUCAGAGAUGAUAGAUUGGCUGGUGUUUAUGCAGUUGGCUCUGACACGGAUGGAAGCGGUGACAUUAGCCUCAGCUGUAUUGGAGGAGGGUUUUGUUCGGCCCUUGGGGAUCAGAAGUGUGGAGGCAAUACGCACAGCUGCGCUCGGGCAACAGUUUCUUGAUGACUCUUCCGCUCUCUACAGCUUUGUAAAGAACUUUAACAAACGAGGGAGCGUGAAGGCAGAAAAGACACUGUCAGCCAUAGAGCUGAGUGGAAAAGUGCAAAAGAGAGGCUAUCUUUUGAAACAGGGACACAAGAGAAAGAACUGGAAGGUCCGUCUCUUUGUGCUGCGAGCAGACCCUGACUUCUUGCACUAUUACGACCCCACUAAAGAUGACCUCAUCCCAGCUGGCGGCUUCUCUUUGCGUGGCUGUCUGGUGUCUGCACUGGAUGACAAUGGCAUUCCCUCAGGUGUAAAGGGUAAUGUACAGGGCAACUUGUUUAAGAUAAUCACCCAAUCAGACAUACAUUACUACAUCCAGGCUCCCACCCAACAGGAGAGGAUAGACUGGAUUGAAGCCAUCAAGCAGUACACAUAA